UUUUAUCAUUAGUCAUUGACUUUUGAUAGUAGUUACUAGUUACUUAAGUAGUUAAGUAAUAAGUGUUAAAUAUUAAUAAUUAAUGUAACAUUCCAACUAUUAAAGUGAUUGAAUUUUCACGAAACGUAGGUUUAACUUGAGUUAAUUAGGAAGUUUUCAUUUUUAAACAUGGUUAAAUUAAAGUUUUAUUACGACUUUUUAUCUCAACCAAGCAGAACUUUAUACAUAUUUAUGAAGAAAACCGAAAUCCCGUUUGAACCAAAACCAUUAAAUUUAAGACAAGGACAGCAUCUCACUGAAGAAAUUGAAAGCUUAAAUCCUUUCAAGAAAGUACCGUUUAUUGAAGACAAGGGAACAGUUUUAAUAGAAAGUGUAGCAAUACUUCGUUAUUUAUGUCGAACAUAUAACGUUGCUGACCAUUGGUAUCCCCAAGACAUCAAAAAGCAGGCUCUUGUUGAUCAAUAUUUAGAGUGGCAACAUCAUAAUACUAGAGCUCAUUGUACCGAGUAUUUUCGACAUAAGGCAUUAUGGCCAUUAAAAACUGGCCAGGCAGCAAAUGUUGAAAAUGUUGAAAAACUAGAAAAAAAAAUGAUUGAAAAUCUAAAUUUAUUAGAAAAUAUUUGGUUAAAAGAUAAACCAUUUUUAUGUGGAGAUGAAAUUACCAUAUCUGAUCUUGUCGCUGCAUGUGAAGUGGAACAACCAAGAAUUGCUGGUUUUGAUCCGUUAGUAGAUCGUCCAAAGUUAACCAAAUGGAUAACUAAAGUUCAAUCAAAGUUUUCACCUUUUUAUAAGGAAGCACAUCAAGUUGUCGAACAAACUGCUGAUGAAUAUAAAUAUUAUGCUAGUGAAUUAAGUAAAAAGAAUCCUUUUAGGGUUCAUUCAGAUAACAUGGCAAAGUUAAUAUUUUAUUAUGAUUUAUUGUCACAACCAUGCAGAGCAUUGUAUAUGUUUUUUAAGAAAGCCAAUGUUCCGUUCGAAGGAAAAGUUGUAGAUUUACUGAGAGGUGAACAGUUUACACCCGAAUUUGAGGCCCUAAAUCCAUUCAAAAAAGUACCAGUAAUCAACGAUAAGGGAUUUGUUCUUACUGAAAGCAUAGCAAUUCUACGUUACAUUACUCGAACUCAUAAUGUGGCUGAUCACUGGUACCCUAAAGACUCAGUGAAACAAGCACAAGUAGAUGAAUACCUUGAGUGGCAACACACAAAUACUAGAAGCGAUUGUGCUCUCUAUUUUUUACAUAAAGUAUUAUGGCCUGUUAUGAAUGGAAAACCAGUAAAUGAACAAAAAGUUGCACAGUUAGAAAAAAAAAUGAUAAUUACUUUAGACUUAAUAGAAAAUGUUUGGUUAAAAAAUAAAAAGUUUUUGUGUGGAAAUGAAAUUUCUAUUUCUGAUAUUUUUGGUAUUUGUGAAAUUGAUCACACAAGAAUGGCCGGUUUUGAUCCAUAUGCCAAUCGUCCAAAUUUGUCUGAAUGGAAAAUGAGGACAUCAUCAUAUUUAAGUCCGUAUUAUGAAGAAGCUAAUGAAGUACUUGAAGAGCAUGUAGCUUUAUAUAAUGAGAAAUAUGGUAAAUUUAAUUCAAAAAUAUAAUUUUACUUAUUCUAUAAAUAACUUAAAUUAUGAAAUUUUAAAAUUUAUAUACUUAUUAAUUUAUUAUAUAGUAUCAUUAUUAAUUUACUGAAGUUAUUGUAUAUUUUUUUAGUCCCAAUUGUUCAAAUUAAUGACUUAGGUUUGGUUACAUUAAAAAUUAUUAUUGUUAAUAAUUGGUUGAUUAUGAUUCUUUUUUGAUUUGAGUUUUUUACAUUAAUGGAACACCCUAUUAGGCAUCUGGUAUUAUAAAUUUACAUUACUUUAUGCAAUUUUACAUCUCCUAAAUUAAAUGUUUACAUUAAGUGUUAGGUUUGAUUAUUUUAAUGACAUUUUUGGACUGAUUUUAUUCAUGAUUAGGUUCGGUUAGGUUGUUACUAAAAUACUAAAUCAAUGAAAAAAAUCUAUAUUAUUAUUUUUAUGAUGAAUCUUUAAACAUGUAUUGUUUUUGUUAAUUAAACUCGUAACAAUCUUGAAACAUGUAUGUAUCCGUCAAGACAAGCUUAUGUAAUAUAAUGCCUUUUCAAACUCAUAACUAA